AGGGGAGGGUGGGGAGAAGCGAGUGUAGGAGCUGAGCCAGAGACCCGGCUGUGUAGAGUGUGCAGACCAUGGGCAUGGAUAUGGACAUGGAGACGGGGUCGGGUAUGGGUGUCGCUGGGGUGGCCACGGGAGCGGAAGCUCGGCCUGGUGCGGGCGGGGAGGCCAGCGGGGCCAACACGCCGCCGCGCAGCAGCCGGGCAGGACGGACCAUUGCCACGCAGACGCCGGUGCAGGGGGGCAGGAGCGGGCGCAGGAACAGCAGUAGCAGCGCAGAGGCCGGAGAAGGAAGAGAAAGCAAUGUGUAUGCAGAGGUUGCGGCGGCCGAGCAGACGUUGGACGGGUCACUGCUGAUGGGGAGCAUGCGGCGCGGCGAGGACAACGGUGCAGCUGGUGGCGGUGGCGGAGGUGGAGAUGUAGGCGGAGUUGGAGGCAGCAGGGCUGUUCGUAGCGACGGCAAGGUCGGUGCGACGGAGAUGGCACGUCGGUGGGCGAGCUGGGUGUGGGUGUGCUGUCUCGGUCCGCGGCCGUCGUCGGCAGCGUCCGGACGUCCGCCGCUGACGAGUGACGAGGAGGCGGAGCUGGGCAACCGGCGUGCGGCAGCGGUGAUGUGCGGGAUCGCGUUUGUGCUCGCGUUUCCGGCAGUGUUUGUUGGAGUGAGCACGUGGAGCGCGGCCGAGUGCACCGAGCCGCUCGGCGAGCACCUUGUGGUCAACGGGGUGGUCGGCGCGUGCUCUGCACUUGCGUACGCUGUGGCCUAUCUCAACCGCGACAAGGUGUAUGUCAACCUUGUGCAGUAUACGGUUGUGGGCCUUCUUGUCCUCUUUGGCGUGGUGUGGAACGUUCUUGGGGUCAUGUGGUAUUCGUGGUCGGCGCAGUGCGUCCGCGACACGCCGUCGCAAGCCCUCGACACGCUUCGUGGCUUUGUCUUUGGCUACAUCGUGCUGAAUACCUUCCUUGAGCUUUUCUCAUGCUCGUUCCUCUACUGCUUUGGCUACUGGGCCGCGCUGGGGAGUGGCGACAGCGACGACGAGUGGGAGGUUGUGGCCGUCGCCCCGGUCGGCGACAAGGUGGUCAACGAGCCGCACAUCUCGCCGCUCCGCGGCGUCGAAGUGGGAGGAGCCGGUGAGACGUCUGUCCUCGAUGCUACCCUCUCGGGCUCGGACGAAGAGUGCAGACGUGAGUCGGCGUCGCGCUCGGUUGAGAGCGACGAGAGCUCGUUCGAGGAGAGUGAUCGCGGGAGCGGGUGGGGCGGCGGCAAGGUGCUCCCCCCCAUCGGAGCGCCCAACUCGGGCGUCGUUCACAACAACUGGCUCGGAGCGUCUGGCGGGCUCGGACGCGGCGGCGGUGCUGGAUGGGGUUCAGUCGAAGGUGAAGAAGUGUAGUGUGUGUGGUUGUUGGUUGCAUGAAUUGCGGUGUGG